UUUUUCCGCCGCCUUUCGGGACCCAAACACCAACGGCAACAUCAGGACCGGCCCAGUUCCCUCCUACCCAGCGGGACCCGCUUCUCCGGAACCGCAGAACCCGCGGGGUGUCCCGGGAGAAUCCGAGUCCGGCUCCGCCUUCCCGGGGCUGCCGGGGACCGCUCCGCCCCGACCCGGUCCGGCCCGGCCUCUUCCUCCUCCCCCCGCCGCCAUGUGGGGCCGGAGGCUGCGCUGGACCGGACCGGGAGGGCUCGGGGCGGAGGAGCUGCGGGUUCGGAGGAGGGAACGAGAGGCGGCCCUGAGGAAAGCCCGUCGGGAGCAGCACUUGGUCAGCAAGAGGCUCCUGAGGGAGGAGACAGAGGCAGAGGAUGGAGCAGAGAUGGUGCCAGAGCCUCUCUCGGAGGCUGAGGUUCUUGAGCUGCUCAAGGGCAUGCAGAGGGGCUCAGAGGAGAGAAAGAGAUCCCUCAAACAGCUCCACAGGGCCCUGAGGAACAAGGAAACUCAGCAGAAGUUUGUCAGCCCCCUGGCUGACAUCCAGAUGGAAGCUGCCCACUGCCUCCACGAGCUGUCCCACUCCAGUGACCCUGCUGUGGCUGAGGCAUGUCUGCCAGCCACCCCCUACCUCCUCACCUACCUCUCAGGACACAGCGUGGAGUUCAUGGAGCUGUGUUUGUACACAUUGGGCAACCUGGUGGUGGAAAGUGAAGCUGUGAGGAAACAGCUUCUGCCUCAGGGCAUCAUUCCAGUGCUGGCAUCCUGCAUCCAGUCCCCCCACCAGGCUGUGCUGGAAGCUUUGGGCUAUGCCCUCUCCCAGCUCCUCCAAGCCAAGGAAGCCCCCACAGAGAUCAUCCCCUUGGUGCUGGACUCUCCUCUCCCCCAGCACAUGCUCCGACUGGUUUGCUCUGGUCUGAAGACUGGGACAGGAGCAGCCGUGGAGUUUGCCUGGUGUCUGCACUACAUCAUCUGUAGCCACACAGCCACCACGUCACUGCUGUCCCUGGGGGCCUUGCCUGCCCUCACCUCCCUCCUGCUCCACUUGGCUUCUGAAAUCCCCCCAAACCCUCCCGAGGGCCUGGAGCUGCUGGUGUGCCCGGUGCUGCGGUGUCUCAGCAAUCUGCUGGCAGAGCAGGGGUUCUGCUGUCAGAACCAGGUUCUGGACCAGCGCCUGCUCGUCGCCCUCUUCCUCAUCCUGCAGAGCUUCCUCCAGCACCAUCCCUUCAUGGCCCAGGAAUGUCUCUGCCUGCUCAACAACCUCACGGCUGAUGAACCCUUCUUCUGCUCUGCUCUGCUCUCCCUGGACUUGCUCCCAGCCCUGCUGCAGCUCCUCUCCUCUUCCCAGGUGGUCCGUGUGCUGGUCCUGACAGUGCUGUGCAAUGUGGCUGUGCAGGGAGCAGGACACUGCCAGGAGCUGCUCCGGGCCCUGCCCCUGCUCCUCUCCCUGCUCCUGCCCCUCCUGGCACCACCUGGGGACACCCAAGUGCUGGGACAGGGCCUGGAGCUGCUGCACCUCCUCUUCCUCCACUGCCCAGAGGCUGCUGCUGACUUCCUCAGGCAGGGUGGGCACCAGGUCCUGGAGCAGCACCAGAGCAUCCCAGAGCUGCAGGAGAGGGCAGGAGCACUGCUGGAAAUGCUCAGGCAGCCCCCAGGAACCUCUGCCUGCACUCCCUGCCCCACCACACUGCCUGCCUCCUCCUAGGCCACUCCACCUCCCUUCCCUCCUCCCACCCUGAGCUCCAAGGAGGAGCAAACCCUUUGUCCCUGCUGCCCCAGGGGCUGGGCAGGGGUCAGACACCAGUGGCAGCACUGGAGGAUGGGGUCUGGCCAGGAUGUGGCUGUCCCCAUCCCUUGCAGGCUGCCCCCUGCCUCCCCAGAGCUCAGGGCUGGGGCUCUGGGUGCUGAGGGGUGG